AUGGAUAACAUAAAACUGUAUUGUCUUGUUCAAGGAAAUACAAUUGAUCAUGCCUUUCCCGUCGAAUUUGAUAGAAAUAAGAGUAUUGGUGAAUUCAAGCAAGCUAUUAAGGAAAAAAAGCCAGAGUUUAAAAACUUCGCUGCAGAAAGGCUUAAAAUAUGGAAAGUUCAGAUUCACAACGAUAGUGAUGAGCUAAAUAAGCUUAUACUCCAUGACGACGAUCGACUUCUCAUAAAAUCAAGGAAGAUAAGCAGUUACUUCACCAAUAAAAUACUCUGCGAUCAUAUCCACAUUAUUGUCAAACCACCUUUACCUCCUUUUAGAUUUGAUCUUAUUUGUAAUUUAGGACUUUUGUCCGAAGGAGACAGUGUAGAAUACUUAGGCAAAAGUUGUAAUUAUAAAGCAACAAUACGUGAAGGUCGUCUUUGUAUCAAAGAUCAAAUAUAUCAUUCAUUUACAGAAUUUAUACGAGCAGCAAGGAAAUUAAAACAAAACGAAAAACCUAGUUAUCUUGAUUUUCAAAACCUAAAAAUUAAUGAUAUGGCUUAUUGGGAACAAGAUGAAGACGGGGAUAAAGGAACUGGUGAUAGUUCAACUUCCGAAAGAAAACUAAUAGAACUACUUACAGUUCCCUGGAAUGAUAUUCUCGAGAAUCGCCUCUGUCAGCUAUAUGCAAAGGAUAACGUUGUAGACAUAUUCUGGGGUCGAAAUAUUCUCAAUGGCGAUACAACAUGGAGUGUCUACGUGGUUACUCGCGGUAAUCUUUAUCUACACGAAAAAAUAGAGGAGGCAGGUGGUCAAGUAAUACGUUUAAUAUCAGAAGAAAAAGGAUUUCUUAACGCUGUGAUUCCACCACAAAGCCCCGAUGACAAUUUGCCAACCCGGAAAAAGGUCCCACAAGAUUUACAGAAGGUUUUUGAUAAAGCCUUAAACUAUGAACUUGGGCCAUCGUUCCGUGAAGCGCAUUAUAAUCUUGUCGGUAUGAGCACUGGAUAUAAGCGAACUCGACGCAAAUUUACUAAAGAACCUGCUAUCAUAUUAUAUGUUCGCCAGAAGGGAAUUCUGCGCCGUGGGUGUGCUUUAUUCCCGGAUAAGAUUUGUGGGUAUCCAGUAGAUGUCGUAGAGGCUUGUGCUGCAACUCCCUGUGGUUUUGGUGCGACUGCUUGUCAAUCUUUUCAGGAGGAAGUUAAGUUGGGGUCGAGUAUAGGCAUAAUAGAACCGCAUAGAACGUCUGGAACUAUCAGUGCUAUUGUGCAAGAUAAACAUUCAAAACAAAUAGGCAUCCUCUCGUGCGAACAUGUAUGUAGGUUUAGUGAAUCGAGUCAUGGAACAAAUGUUAUAAUCCAUCAGCCUUCGCAUGUAGAUCUAGAUGAACAGAAAUUAUCGUUUACUUAUAUGGAAAAACAAAAUGUAAUGUACAAAAAUGCCGCUGAAGAAAUGUAUAAAAUAAUUGACAAUUUCAGACAGAAUUCCGCCCUAGCUAGUUAUAAACGUGGCAUGCGAAGUCAGUUUUACUCUCAAGCACUUCAAAAAGACUUUGGUGUUGAUGCUGCAUUUUGUAUUUUCACGAACAGAAAGCGUAUGUUAUGUCCGAAUAAAUUUUCAACUCCACCAGAAGAGUUCAAAAAAGCAAAGAUUCCUGAAAACAUCUGUCUAAAUGACUUUUAUACAUAUGAAAUGUUUGACAACAUUGAUGAAAUAGAAGUUUUUAAAGUAGGAAGAACAACAGGUCUCACUCAAGGAAAAUUGGUUCCAAUUAGUAUUGCUAUUGCUGUAUCAAACGAAAAUAUCGAAUUCGCAAAGGAGCAAGGCGAAAUAUCAUCAUCUAAAACGUAUAGUAAUAUCAUAAACAAAAACUUGAUUGGAUACAUGAAGGCGUCUUUGAUUCAAAUAAUCAAUGAAAAGCGUCAGCAAUGCUAUCCUACUUUAUGGUUUGAUCGACAAUUAUUAUUUGACUUCAGACAUGAAGACUUUUUAACCGGAGACUCGGGAGCAAGUGUUGUGGAUCAAAAUGGAAAGGCCCUUGGCAUUCUUCAUGCAGCAAUGAAGACAGGAAAUUCCAAAUACGUCAUUGCUUCUCCUUACUUUGCAGUUUUUGAGGCAUUAAAUUUGGAAGGUGCAGAUUUUGAAGAAGGAUCAAGUUCGUCUAAUUAA